AUGAUCUCAAAGUGUCGGCUUUUGCCGAUCUUGCCGGCCCACCCCUCUACGGGCAUGUCCUUUGUCGACUCGUCUGUUUGCCCCAUUCAGGCUGGUGUCCUACGGUGCUUUGUAAAUAAUGACGUCCGGCUGAAACCUGGAAAUGAGCAAACCCUACAUCGCAUUGUCAUCACCCCAGGUUCCCGCGUGGCCCCGUGUAAUUUGGACGAUUCGGUGGUGCUGCUCAUCGAGCCGACGACAGACAGCCCAAUGUUGCAAUACAUUUUGACCUGCGACUCAAAACACAUUGCCGACAGUUGGGCCAAGGCCAUUGAGCAUCAGCUGAAUGAUGCGAUCAUCUGGGGCGAGUUUGCCUACGUGCACACGAGACUCUCGCUGAAUCGACCGAGGGAAGCAAUUGAUGGAACGAUCCCGAGGGAUAGAUCUUCGAGGCUGUAUGAUACGAUCAAUAUUAGUGGAUCGCUGAGCAAGGCUUUCAUGGGCUCGACUGGCUACAACUCUGGACUCCCGAUCGGUCUCCGAAAAGCUCUCGCCGAUCAGAACGGGGGUGCUCGAACGGCUCCUGCACCCAAGAAGAACCGAAUCCGGACGAACGUCAAGGAAAUCUUUAAGGAUCAACCCCUACCCGAGGAGCCGCAGCAAGACGUGAGAGAACCCUUGCCAACCGAAUCGGCUCGAAAUUCGCGCUACAUCAUCAACCUUUCGGUUGGCGAUGAUGUACCGCUACAGAAAGUGUCUUCUUCAAAAGGAAUGUCAGGUGCUUCGACGUCCCACGCUGGAAAAUCCUGGUGGAAAAGC